CUGUCGCCUGUUUGCGCCUUCUGAUCGCGUUCGUUCCGCUCCAUGAAACCACUUUGCGAGUCUGUAGCAGAUUUUCAGUUCAUGUUUCUGUUCAUCGAAGGAGGGUUGAAGUGAGAGGCGACUGUACUGUGUUCUGAUAAAUCCAUCCGAAAGUUUCAUUCUUCAAUCGGCCCGGUCUCCAUCAACAUGUCGUCGCUGCCCAAGCAACUACGAGACGAGAGUGAUUUUGACCAGCUUCCGCACGACAUUCCCAUCAGUGCCACCAUCGCAGACAUCGAGGAGAAAAAGGGCUUCAUCGAUUAUUAUCGUUUUGUGAUGGAGGUAAGGACCAGAGGUGGUAGUAAGUACCUGAUCUACCGGAGGUACAGCCAGUUCUUCAACCUGCACAGUGACCUGGAGCUGAAGCAUUCACCUGGAGACCAGGGCACAUCUGGACCUAACACCUGCAGGCUGCCCACCCUGCCUGGUAAAGUGUUCAUUGGCAAUAAGAAGGAGAUUGCAGAGAAUAGAAUUCCAGAACUCAACACUUAUAUGAAGAGAUUGCUGGGCCUGCCUACCUGGGUUCUAUUGGAUGACGACAUCAGGAUGUUUUUCUACCAGACUGAGUCAGACAGUCAGCACCAACCACGAGCCCUGCGUCGCCUCCGGCCCCCUACACGUAGAGUGAAGACAGUCAAAACCAACCAGACAGAUGUCUUCUCCUCCCCCAGAGCUGAGGUGGUCUUCGACUUCAGUGGGAGCGGACGACUGGAGCUGAGUAUGAAAGCUGGAGAGGUGAUCUUCCUUCUGAGGAGAGUUAACACAGACUGGCUGGAGGGCACGGUGAGCAAUCGAACAGGUAUCUUUCCAGAAUCCUUUGUGAAGAUCAUUAAGCCCCUCCCAGAGAGUGACUCUGAUGGCGAGAGCGGUGGCGCUUUAGGUAAAGGGGCGGGGUCUUACAGCUGCCUGCGCUGCUACCUGCUCACACCCCAGGGCGUCGACACCAGGGAUGUGUGUGUUGAAGAAGAUAUCUCCACCCAGCCAUCAUACAAAGAACUAUUGGCACGCAUGAGAGAUGUGUUCAAGGUGGACGGCAACAUCGCCCUGAACUACCGUGACCCCGAGGGUGACCUGGUGCGUCUCCUUGACGACGGGGACGUGGCGCUGAUGGUGGCCGAUGGGCGGGCGCAAAGGUCAAAGGUCAAGAGGCCUGUCAAUCAGUUUCCGUGGGAACUGCAUGUCACCGCGGCCUCUGACCUGUCUGUGUAUAAUACUGAGAUAUAAAGACAGGGAGAUGGAGGUUUUCACAUGUUUCUGUACUCGCUGAAGAGAGGCCAUUUUGUGUUUGCUUCAGUGUGUGUGUGCAGGUGCACCUGUCUGUCCGUGCCCUUGUGCGUGUGAGUCUCGCCAGCUUGCCUCCGUAAUCCACUGCAAACCUGCAUGUAGUAGUCCGGACUGAGACCCAGUGACAGGGUGACAGACUUUAAUGAAGGGGACAGACGCUGGAUUGUAACACAUUACAGAAGUUAGUCUGAUGGAGCAAUGUGAAUGCAACCUAAAAAGGCACACUAGGCCCUACAUAGUGCACUACUUUUCACCAGACUCCUAUGAGCCCCGGUCAAAAUUAGUGCACUAUAUAGGGAACAGGGUGCCAUUAGGGAUGACACCUUAGUCACAUUCAUUAGUAUGUCUGUGUUUGGUGGCUUUAAACAUGUAACAUUUCACCUGUACUGUUGAGUAAAUGUUAAUAUAAGGACAUUUAAUAACGUUUUAGAAUCUUGUGUUCUAUUACUCCAUAUAUUCUGUUGUGGUCGUAGUAAUGCUUAGCUAUGCUCCCAUUGUGUUUUCUAUCAGUAAAAAAUACACUAUUGAAAUAUAUAA